AUGAUCCUGCUGCUCGGUCUGCUCUGGUCCUUCUGGACAGAACCAGUCCUGUGUCUGCAGGAGGACGGAGGUUUGAGCCUGGAUGGAGACAUCCGUCACUUCGCAGUGACCAACGACUCUCUCUACAUCUCCACAGAGGAGAAGCUGUACCAGCUGAGCCACGACCUGGUUCCAGUCUGGACUCUGACCCAGAGAGGGGUUCUGAUGGACAGUGACCAGCCGGACCAGCAGGACUUUCAGCGGGUCUCUGAGGGGAAGUCAACUUUCAUCGUCAACUUGUUGCUUCCAUUUGUCAGGGACAAAUCAGUGAUCAGCUGCGGAGUGAUUGAUGAUGAGUGUGGUUUCUGUGAGCUUCUGGACCUGAAGAACAUCUCUAAGCUUCUGUAUAAAGAAGCCAUCCAGGUGGGACCCCUGAGGCGCAGCAGCGCAUCUGUUGGCUUCCUGGUGGACGUGGAGAAACCUCCUAAGACUUUUAUCCUGACUGCGAUCCAGCAAGACAGCGAGGACACCAAGGAGUCUGGUUCUGAUAACAAGAUGAUAAACCUCCAUGAUGCAGAUAAAUCGUCACCAGUCUGCACCAACAUUGAACCAAGCAGCACCUGGGUCAGUGGGAAGAGAAACAUCACAAUUAAUGGGACCCACCUGAAUUUUGUGGAAGGGGUCACACACGGCCACGCCCCACUGAAAUUUUUUCUUCCCACGAUCAGCAGCUGUAAGAGUCUCACCUAUGAAACCCCUGCAGCUGAAAACGCACAGAGUUCCGGCAACGUUGUAUUUUUGAAAGUAGCCAAUCAGACGCUGACCUGCCCCACAAAAAUCUCCUACUAUCCAGACCCGGAGUUUACCGGCUUCACAGUUGUGAGGACAGGAAAUGACAUCCGCAUCACUAUUCAGAAAAAUCCAGAUAAACUGAAUAUGACAACAGGAGAGCUGUUGGUUUGGGGCAUCCAGGAUGGGAAACGACAUCCCUGCAUCAUGAAAGAGAAAGAAAGCAGCAAUAAAACCGACUCUUUCGUUUGUGAAAUCUCAGGAACACACAGCACUAACUUCAGGGAGUUACAGAUCCAAUAUGGAGGUCAGUUCAAACGCCUGAAGCAUUCCGCUUCACUCCUGCUCUUCAUGCUGCUGGUUCUUCUGCUCAUCCCCAUCAUUGUUGUUGCCGUGGUGUUCGUCUAUCGAAGAAAAGAGAAGAAGUUCACGGCGAAGAUGAACCGGAUGAUGGAAGACCUGGAGUUCGACAUCAGAAAUGACAUCAGACAAGGUUUUGUGGAUUUGCAGACAGAGAAAGCCGAUCUGAUGGAGAACGUCGGAGCGAUUCCCUUCCUGGACUACAAGCACUUUGCUUCCAGGAUCUUUUUUCCUGAGAGUGAAUCUUUAAUCAAGCUGUGCGUCAAAGACAUCGGUCAGGAUGUGCAGACGGUUCAGCUGGAUGAGUGCUGUCAGGGUUUGUCGCAGCUGAUCCAGGACCAGCUCUUCCUCACCACCAUGGUGCACGCUUUGGAGGAGCAGAAAAGUUUCACCAUCAAAGACAAGUGUUCACUUGCAUCUCUGCUCACUGUCGCGCUUCACAGCAACUUGUCCUACCUGACGGAGGUGAUGGAGGUUCUGCUGAAGGAUCUGAUGCAGCAGAACAGCAACGCUCAGCCCAAACUGCUGCUGCGACGCACCGAGUUCACUGUGGAGAAGCUGCUGACCAACUGGGUGUCCAUCUGCCUCUACGGCUUCCUGCGGGAGAGUGUCGGGCAGCACCUGUUCCUGUUGGUGAGCGCACUCACCCAGCAGGGGUCCAAAGGCCCAGUGGACUGCGUGACGGAGAAGGCUCUGUACACCCUGAGCGAGGACUGGCUGCUGUGGCAGGCUCAGGACUUCAGCCCUGUGAAGCUGAAGGUGCUGUUCGCCGUGGGCGGGGCCGGCGAGGUGAGCGAGCCCCUGGAGGUGGACGCUCUCAGCUGCGACGCCAUCGAGCAGCUGAAGGAAAAAAUCCUGUCCACCUUCAAGACCAAGUUCGGUUUUCCCUACAACACAACACUCAGAAACAUCUGUAUCGAAUAUGAGAAGGAUGGGCGUUUCCUUCCUCUUCAGGAAGUGGAUUCGACCUCUGAGGUUAUCGGGGAGUUGAAGAAGCUCAACACACUCCGGCACUACCAGGUGGAAGACGGAGGGACAAUCAAAGUGCUUUCGAAGAAAACUCAUCCUCCUCUCAGCCCACAAGGGAGUCUAAAAGGAACCACACCUGGGAUCAAGAGUGAUUUUAAUGUGACGUUUGUGGACGGAUUCCAGAUCAGUUCAACAGUUUAUCUGUUCUCCAACGUGGGCUCAAAGACCAAAAACCGGAUCCGUCUCCUUUGGUUGGAGGGGAAAACCAGUAAACCUGAGACCCUGAAGUCUCUGCGUGGAGCCACUCUCCGGAUCUCUGAUGGGACUGAAGGCAGCAAACUGUUGGCCUCCUCGGUCAUCUUGGGGGGGCAGCAGGUUCUGUGGAGCGGGGUGUUCAGUGUGGACGGAGGACCUUCCAAAACCCAGCUGGUUCUGUUUGACAUCAGUCCUGAUCUCAGCGGGACAAAGGACACCGAUCCAGACUUUUACACGUCCAACAAGCCGGAAACGGUGGGUCAACGAGUCGAACUGAAACAAGUUUUAUCCAGGCUGACAAGGACAAAAGUGGCCGUUCAUUCGUACGUGGAGAACCUCUUCAGGUCCAUCUGGGGAACGUCGCAAGGCCGAGCGCCGCACGCCGUCAAGUACUUCUUCGACUUCUUGGACGCUCAGGCGAACAACAUGAAGAUCAGCGACCCGGACGUUCGACACAUCUGGAAGACAAACAGUUUGCCGCUGCGCUUCUGGAUCAACAUCCUUAAAAACCCGCAGUUUGUUUUUGACAUGGACAAGAGUCCACAUCUGGACGCCUGCCUGUCCGUCAUCGCCCAGGCCUUCAUGGACUCCUUCUCUCUGAGCGAGCUGCAGCUCGGGAAGCACGCACCGACCAACAAGCUGCUCUACGCCAAAGACAUUCCCAAGUUCAAACAGGAAGUGAAGGUUUACUACAAACAGGUCCGAGAGCAGUCGCCGGUCACAGACGCUGAGUUCAAGGACUUCCUGCAGGGAGAGUCAAAGAAACAUGAGAAUGAGUUUAAUGAAGCUGCAGCUCUGAAGGAGCUCUACAAGUUCAUCCAGCGAUACUUCACCGAGAUCCGAGAGAAGCUGUGUCACAGCGGAGCUCCUGCUGAGCUCACGGAACAACUGCAGCACGUUAAAGAGUCGUUCGACGGCCUCAAGAGCUGCUCCUGGAUCUGAGUCA